AUGGAGACACCACGUAGUGUAUGCGGUUACAUGUUCGCCCUCCUCUUCCUAAUGCCUGCGCUAUCACUAGGCGCUUCUACCAAGCCCGUUCCAGAGCAGGUGAAAUACGUCGGCAUCUCCUACGAUAUCAUCAAGGGAAACCCCGAGGGUAACCAAAAGACUGGAGGGGUCGACCCCGGGCUCUUGACGACUCGGCGUGUCUUGAAACUCACCUACGACAACGGGAAAGUGACGGCCGACAACGAGUACCGAGUGCCCGACGAAGUGGAUUUCGUGCGACGUAGUAGCUCUUACACGUCGCAAGAGAAGGAUACGUUUUACGGAACGAAAAGCUACGCCAAGAAGCUCUCCCAUCAGGUGAAUGUCGAUGUUGACGUUUCAGCUGUCUUCGCUAGCUUCCAGUUUGCUGCCAGCCAUCAAUACCAGUCCAUCAAGAACGAUGAAAAUACCAAGGGUUACGUGUACUUCUCAGAGCAAACGAUCCAGAACUAUGGCAGUAUUCGAUACCUGGAGGCCCUCGCCAACACUGACGGGUUCGAGCCCAGUCGAGAGUUUCGUGUCGCCGUCUGUGGUCUGCCCACUACCUAUGACAAAGCGGCCUACAUGACAUUCCUCUCUGACUGGGGAACGCACGUCGUGACGGAGGCUCAAUUGGGGUCUCGUUCGGGCACAACCUAUCGUGAGGACACGUCAUCUUUCAUCAAAGAUUCCACGAGAGAUAUGUCCAACAGCGUAAGUGUUGGAGGUAGCUACAAAAUCGUCUCUGCAUCGUUAUCAGUGGAUAUGGACAGGUUCACCAAGACUGCAGCAUCGCAGGAAAAGUUCGGCAAAGUGUACAAAGAGUACACAGUGGGCAGCCUGGAGUAUAAUGAACCCAUCAGCAUAGAUCUCAUAGGGCUCAAUGAAGUGUUGGAUUCCAAGUUCUGGACCAGACAGACGGACUAUGAAACCAGCGGAGAUUGCCCAGCCAAUUGGCAAAGAGGAACUAUCCAAGCAAACAUCUUGACAGCUUUCAAUGAUUAUCCAUCAUACAAUGAUGUCACUCCUAGUGAAGACAUUCAGGUGACAAUGACACUGGCAUGGCCGGACGGAAAAUACGCCCUGCCAGAGGCGGCGACACUAGCAGGGGAUACGUGCCCGGCAACAGCAUUCACGUGGGACUUCGGCAUGUUGUACCAGAACACGGACACAUCCGGGGCCAAUACAUGCUCCAAGGGGAAUCAUUUGACCAACUAUUGUGACAAUGAGUCCUUGAGGAGCUACUACUGCGUCAAGUCCACCCCGACAGCUUCAUCAAGCUCGUGGUCCUGGAUGCCUGGUGUGUACUGCAUCUACAAAGUUGGCACAACCUGUCCAGACGGGUUCACGGGUGGUAACAUCAGAUGGAACGAUGUAAGUAGAGGGGUUGACCCGGACUAUAACACGAUGCCCGCGGGGACCUAUACCGGUGGACCAACAGAGAUCGAGUACUGUUGCCGUGAAGACGGCAGUGCCGCCAACCCAAUCAUCCUACCAGCGGAAAGCAGCUUUUACCUCAUGAAAUUCCAUGGGGCAUGUCAGACGGUACUUGGCAUGACUGUAACGGAGGAAUCUCUCGAGUGGGCUACCAAGGAAGCCAAUCCCGUCGCGUGGCAGGAUGGCGCACAUCCUAAACCUGGCAAUACGGGCCAUAAUGUCAAGAUCUACUACUGCUUCUACCAGCCAGAAACGGUUGGGAAGAGAGGCCUUGGUCUCCUGAAGGAGGAUGCAGGUGAAGUGAAGAAAGAACUGGAAGAAGUCAGAGAGCUCGUCAACUUGCUAGAAAACCAGCUCGAUCAUAGUAAGAGUGAUGCACUUGAGAACAAGGAGACCGAGGACGAGGACAAGAGUGUUGAGUCUGCGGAGGUUGAGGAGACCGAGGACGAGGAUAAGCGCGGUGGGUUGGCGGAGGAGGAGUUAAGGAAAGACGACAUGGCGGGUGAAGACGAAGACAAGAAGUUCGAGGAAAUAGUUCGGGCUAUGGAUCUUGAGCUGCGCCUGCGUGAUAUAGAGCAUGAGGAUGAUGAAAAUGUUCAAGCUCGGGAGCUCCUCAACUUACUCGCAAAAAGGGGAAGGAAUUAAAAAAAACUUCAAAUUUUCAUGAAAAAGUGGUAAAUUUUCAUGAAAAAGUGGUACUUUUUCAAAAUCCUGGUGUACGCGUUUAGUGUUAUUUUUCAGUUACGUCAGCUUGCUAAUGUACUUUAUAUAGAAUAGAUCAAAUUUGAAAUGUAAUUAUUUUUUUCAAAGUAAGGACUUAUGAUGCCUGUGCAUUAAACCCAUCUGGAAGUGUACAGAUUGAUGUUAAUGCUUCUCUAUUGAAAUAAAUGUUUACAUCGUGAAUUAUAAUAAUAAUAAUAAUAGUUCGUUCAUAUAUAUCGCAUUUAAGGACCGCAGGCCCUUUCAAAGCGCUUUUCAGAUAUGUAUAUGUUUUUUUUUACAUCAGAAGCGCAAUUUGAUUUAUUUUUACAUUGUCAACAACUUAAAGGGUAAUCACUAUCGCACUUCAAAAUGCUCAAGGGGUUACAAUUUUACAAUACUUGUUUAGGAGUACACAAAAUUCACGCGAAAUCCUUAUUUAGGGUGUACUUUGACUUCAGAAGAAAUCCUCGUGAAGGGGGUGUCUGGAAAGCCAGUGGUCACGCAUGCUACAGUAUUUCUACUAGUUCAGAAUCUGGCCUAUUUAAUUUUGAUCUCCACCACACCCACGCAAUAUGCGACCUCCCCCCACUUACUUGCUGCCAGCCGAAGAUGGCGUGAUCAUUAAAGUAGGACGCCCGGCGAAAAGCUGGGCUGUUGAGCGUACUAGCAUGAUUAUGAGUUCGUUGAUAUAAAUAACCGGCCGGAUUCUGGAAUAUAUUUUUACAUGAUUGAGACCCCUGAGAAAAUGUCUAAAAGGCAACGGCAUCAUAACUACAAAGAGGAUUACGUGUAAUCUAGAGGUUGGGCUGACUUAGGCAAAUGUGAUAUAUAUUGGGCAUAUAAGGCUUGGACGAGUAGGAUCAUAAUUUAUAGAUUUGUUGUUGU